CUCCUUCAGAAAAAAAAAAAAAAAGGCACCAGACCGAGCCGCCCGCGCUCCUCCUCGCCAGCCCGCGGCCGCCGCAGCCAUGGAGGAGCCCGAGCCGGGGGCCGGGGCCGCCGCCCCGCCGGGGCUGCGCUCGCUCCUGCCGCCGCGGGACUUCCUCGGCUCCCGCAAGGGGCAGCUGCUGCUCGCCGAGUCGGUGCUGUCAUUUAUCAUCUUUAUCUGCUAUAUUGCAUCUUCAGCUGCCUCUUUCAUGAUGGCACCACUCCUAGAAUUUCUGCUGGCGUUGUUUCUUUUUUUUGCCUAUGCCUCUAAACUUAAUGAGAAGUUUAAAGGACUCUACUGGCCUUUGACGGAUUUCUUGCGCUGUGUCACUGCUGCUAUCAUCUAUUUCGCCAUUUCAAUCGCUGCUGUCUCAAAAUACAACGAUGGAGCAUCUAAAGCAGCAGGAGUAUUUGGAUUUAUAGCCACAAUAGUGUAUGCUAUUGAUUUCUACAUAACGUUUAAUGACCUGGUUACUUUCCUCAAGCAAGGCAGUUCUGAGUCCCCUGAAGAGCGCAAGUCAGAAGAUGAGGACUCUGAUUCUGACUCAGACUGAAAAGCCAAACACCAACGAAGCGUGAAGGGAAGAUGAUCAAGCACCUUCCUCUCUGCUGAAUGCACUGCCAAUUGAAACGUCUCCCUUAAUUCAGCCUUGAUAUCCUCUUUCCACUUCACUGUUCAUGGAAUCACCAAAGCAUAGGGCAGUGAUGUGGAAAAGGAUGCUAUUCUCAAUGCCAUUAAACACUCUGAGAAAUAAGGAUUUACAGUACAGAUUCUACAGAUUUCAACCUGUUACAGAGGUCUGUAUCCAAACAAAACGCCGCAGUUCUCCAUUGCCCCUCAUUACUCAGCACUACAAUGUACUGAGUAAAUGAGAACAUAGUAUUUGAAACUUAUAGCAGAGCUUUUAAUAUGCUUUCUUAAUUCCAAGUCUUUAACACUUAUAGCUUUAAUACUUCUUGCUGUGCCAAAGAAGAGAGGCCCAGAAUGCCUCUCAUUUAUAUUUUUCUUGAUUAACUAAUAAUAUUUCUUUAUCUAAAGUCUGAGCAUUCCACUAUCUCAACCAUAUCAAGGCAUUGAUUUUAGUCAACGUAUUGGUUUCAAUACAUGAGUAUCUACUGCCUAUCUCUGACAAGAAAUGACAACUGGAAAUCUGCAACAAGAACAAAACUCAAAGUGUAAUUGUGCCUCACGUUAGCUGGCACAUCAAGCAUUCACUAUCACUUUUGAAGCUGCCUGGUAAUGGGGUCACAUUCCUGUCUUCUGCAAUUUCACCAAAGAUACGAGGUAGAACAGAAGAGGCAUCAACUUACUCUCCCCUUCCCACCAUUUGCAUGCAAGCCCUCAUACAUGUUUGGACAUACUGGUAAAGAAGGCUUGCCAAAUACCAUCCAACAACACUAUCUGCUCAUCAAAGCCUGCAAAUAUCGGUGUGCAAGAUAGCCCUAUUUGAUCUCAUGCUCUGUGUUGCGAAUACUGGUUCUCAAAUGAGAAGUAGCACUGCAGUUGGUCUUUUGGCUCACAAAACUAUCUAAAAAACUCAGGAUACCUGUGCCCCCGAGGACAUUUCCUUCCCACUGUGAAGAGGCAAAAAAGUCAACCUCCAAACUAAAAAACAUCUGCAACGAAAUUUAUUUUCCCAGCCCUCCCUCUCCCCUUCCCCUACCAUCCUCUGAAAGGGCAAUUUCUCUCUUGAUCUAAUAUUUUGAGGGAAAAACCUUCUGAAUUUCCAUGAGUUCAUGUUUUCUUGGGUAGCACAGCCUACCUUGAAAUGUGCGUCCACAUGUAAACAUGUAUUACUUGGAAAAAGCAUGGCAUGCUUCUCAUAUAUGGCAUCAGGUCUAUUACAAAGAAACCUGUAUACAUUAAAAAGAUUAAUAUAGCACCAGAACAGGUGGCUUUAACAAAAAUAAUUAAAAUGAGAGCAGAUGGUACUAACAGAGUAAAUGAAAAACAGAGCUAGAACAAUAAAGGCAGAUUUCAUUUGGAACAAAAUGACCGCUUGGGUUCCAAUUCCCUGCUAGCAGCUGGCUGCUAACAGGCAAAAGCACGGUACCUAACAGCGAGCUGGUGCUUGGGAAGGUGCUGGCCAGAUUCAGAGAUGUCUGACAGGCAGCUUCUACAACUCCUGUUUCCAGACCACUGAAGGAAUAAAAGCAAAACAAAUGUUUGCUUCCAAAUGUGAUAAAUACUCUUCGCUUUUCUGAGAAGGAGUUCUUUGGACCUUUUCCUGUAUGAAAUCCCAUAUUUCUUUCCUCUCUAUUGUUGUGUUUUACUGACACUCACUGUGACGUCAGGGGACCUGGGCUCAUUUUUAUAUUCGAUUGUUUUGUACAUAUAUAUUUUUUUAAAUGUGCUGCAUGUCACAGCUGGAAACUAGUACAUGGUUAAUAUUUAGAAACCAUGUUGGAUUAAACCUCUUUUAAUAGAAA